UUGGACCAGCCUUUGCACACUGCCCACGACGCCCAACGAAAACUGCAAGAUGGCUCUGCGAUUCACGCUCACUCUGCUCCUGGUCACGAUCCUCGUCACAGCCAUUCUGCUGGGCUCCAGCGAGGCUGCCUACAGGAAGCCUCCGUUCAACGGCAGCAUCUUCGGCAAGCGCAGCAGCCUGGACUACGACAGCGCCAAGAUGAGCGCCGUUUGCGAGGUGGCCAUGGAGGCGUGUCCCAUGUGGUUUCCCCAGAACGACAGCAAAUAGGACCACGCCCUGCAGCUCCGCCUCCAACUCCACCUCCAAGAACUGAUAUCGAGACUACUGACGCACCAGUCGCAUUCCUGCGGCUGAAUGGGGAAAUGCCGGGGACAUUAGAAAAGUCAUGUAUAAAAUUUAUAGUGUAAGCCGUGCAUAUAGAUACAUAGAUCUUAUGCCAUACGUAUACAUAUACAAUACUCAAUAAACUUACAGCACUGCUUCGAAAA